UGCUGCGUCAGCCGGAGGAUACCUGGAAGGCUCUUGCUGGUCUCGGGGAAGGUGGUGUUGGUAUGGCUGCCGCAAAGCCACUCCUAGGCGUAUCUCUGCGAGAAGCCACCCAGCGAAAAUUGCAGAGGUUUUCAGAGCUGAGAGGCAAACCUGUGGCAGCUGGAGAAUUCUGGGACAUUGUUGCAAUAACAGCAGCUGAUGAAAAACAGGAACUUGCUUAUAAGCAACAGCUCUCAGAAAAGCUGAAAAAAAAGGAGUUACCUCUUGGAGUUCAGUAUUAUGUUUUUGUUGACCCUGCUGGAGCCAAAAUAGGAAAUGGAGGAUCCACACUUUGUGCCCUUCGAUGUUUGGAAAAGUUAUAUGGAGAUAAAUGGAAUUCUUUUACCAUCCUAUUAAUUCAUUCUGGUGGUUACAGCCAACGCCUUCCAAAUGCAAGUGCUCUGGGCAAAAUUUUCACUGCGUUACCUUUCGGUAACCCCAUUUUUCAGAUGUUGGAAUUAAAACUAGCCAUGUACAUUGAUUUCCCGUCAUAUAUGAAACCUGGGAUUCUGGUUACCUGUGCAGAUGAUAUUGAACUUUAUAGUAUUGAAGAAUGUGAGCUUAUUAGAUUUGACAAACCUGGCUUUACUGCUUUAGCUCAUCCUUCUAGUUUGACUGUUGGUACCACACAUGGAGUAUUUGUCUUAGAACCUUUUAAUUAUUUAGAAUAUAGAGACCUUGAAUACAGGUGUUGCCACCGUUUCCUGCAUAAGCCCAGCAUAGAACAGAUGCAUCAAUUUAAUGCUGUAUGUAGACCUGGAAAUUUUUCUCACCAGGACCUGGCUGGGGGUGACAGUACCUCUCUUAAUUUAGACUCUGAGUAUGUAUACACGGACAGCCUGUUCUACAUGGAUCAUAAAUCAGCAAAAAAAUUACUUACGUUUUAUGAAGAAAUAGGCACCCUGAACUGUGAAAUUGAUGCCUACGGAGACUUUCUGCAGGCUUUGGGACCUGGAGCAACUGUGGAGUACACCAGAAACACAUCAAAUGUCACUAAAGAAGAGGCAGAAUUGAUAAACAUUAGGCAGAGGAUAUUUCAUCUUCUUAAAGGAACCUCAUUAAAUGUUGUUGUUCUUAAUAAAUCCAAAUUCUAUCACAUUGGAACAACUGAAGAAUACUUGUUUCAUUUUACUUCAGAUAGCAGUUUGAAGUCAGAGCUUGGCUUACAGUCCAUAGCUUUUAGCAUCUUUUCUGCAACACCAAAAUGCUCUGGUAACACAUCCUGUAUCAUUCAAAGUAUACUGGAUUCAAGAUGUUCUGUGGCAGCUGGCUCAGUUGUGGAGUAUUCCAGACUGGGGCCUGAUGUUUCAGUUGGGGAAAACUGCAUUAUUAGUGGUUGUUAUAUCAUAACAGCAGCCGUCCUGCCUGCAGAUUCUUUUGUGUGUUCCUUAAGCUUGAAGAUGAAUGGACACUUGAAAUAUGCAACUAUGGCAUUUGGAGUGCAAGACAACUUGAAAAGAAAUGUUAAAACAUUGUCAGACAUAAAGUUACUUCAAUUUUUUGGAGUCUGUUUCCUGUCAUGCCUAAAUAUUUGGAAUCUGAAAGUUACCGACGAACUGUUCUCUGGAAACAAGGCAUGUUUAAGUUUGUGGAACGCUCGUAUUUUCCCAGUUUGUUCCUCUUUGAGUGAUUCAGUUACAACAUCCCUAAAAAUGUUAAGUGCUAUACAGAACAAAUCGGUAUUCAGCCUGAAUAAUUAUAAGCUAUUGUCUAUUGAAGAAAUGCUUGUCUACAAAGAUGUAGAAGACAUGAUAACUUAUAGGGAACAAAUUUUCCUAGAAAUUACUUUAAGUAAAAAACAGUUUGAGUUAGAGGCACCUUAAAUAUUAUAUACCUUACCUUUCUUGGUAGAGCAAGAUUGCAAAUAGAAGUGAUUUCUAUAGGCUUUUGUUUGUUUUAUUGAAGUGAAUUAAUGAAAGUUACAUUAACAUAAUUGCUGUAGCAUAAUAUGAAUAACAAAAUCAAAAACGUUUUUGAUGAAAGCAUAUUUCAAGGCUGUAAGUUCCAAAAAUGUGGGGUUUUUUUUUUUGCUGUUUAUCACUAUUUUAAUUUUCUUUUAAUAAAGUUGAAUUUGUGGAGUAUUGUGUUCAUAUAGUACACAAGAGUUUUAAUUGGCAUAGUAGUAGUAUAGUAAUAAAACAUAGUAGUCCAAUGAACUGAUAAAAAUGGCAUACUUAAAAUAGAGUCUUUGAACAACACUGUAAGAAUUGAAAUAGUUUUAUGGAAAAAUUCAUAGCUUACAAAUUCAGAUGAAAAAAUGCUUCAAAUAUUGUGAUUAUUUAAUUAAUAAGUAAUUAGAUACAGACCACUCUGGAAUUGAUGAUAAAAAUCUAUCUCAUUUAUUGCUCUUGCCAGUGUGAAUCUAAAAGUGUUCAUGUGUUAUUUUACCUUAUAAACUUGGACAUAUGUUUCCAAAUCGUAAAAAUUUUCCUUAAGGUCCAUCCAUACAAAAGCAGGCACAUACACAAAACUCAAAUAUCUGAGUGUGGAAAAUGGUUUAUCACUGAUAAACAUAAAAGUUCUUUUGGGCAUUAUUUGCAAUCUCUUUUUUAAUCCCUUUAAUAGAACUGUUAAAUCACCAGGUGGGCUGAUUUUACUUUUUUUUUACCUUAUUUUUUGUCCUUAUAUUGGUGAAGAUACUGAGAAGCAAAAAUUGACCAAAAGACUUAACUUUUUUUGGUCAACGCUUACCUUUUUUUCUGCAGAAAGAAGGCAGAAAAGUAAAAAAAUGAGAAAACUUACUGAUGAUAAACAGCUUCAGGAAAAUAAAAAUUGAAAUCUCAAGUUAUAUGCUGCGUUUUUGCUAUAAGGAUACACGGGAAAUGUCUUUAAGUCAACAUCUGAUAAAAAUUAGAAAAAUGAUUUGCUAGUUUUGUGUUUUAACAUGAAUAAACUGAAAUAACUAG